AUGGCGGUCGGUAAAAAUAAAGGCCUAUCGAAAGGCGGUAAAAAGGGAGUUAAAAAGAAGAUCGUUGAUCCUUUCACACGUAAAGACUGGUAUGAUGUCAAGGCGCCGUCUAUGUUCACCAAGAGGUUGGUGGGAACCACGCUCGUCAAUCGCACCCAGGGAACGAAAAUCGCUUCCGAGGGUCUGAAGGGCCGCGUCUUCGAGGUUUCACUCGCUGAUCUACAGGCUGAUACAGACGCGGAAAGGUCUUUCCGCAAGUUCCGUUUGAUUGCUGAAGAUGUUCAGGGUCGUUAUGUUCUUUGUAACUUCCACGGCAUGGAUCUUACAACUGAUAAGUUGAGAUGGAUGGUCAAGAAAUGGCAGACAUUAGUCGAGGCCAAUAUCGAUGUUAAGACUACCGAUGGAUAUCUCUUGAGAGUGUUCUGCAUCGGCUUCACCAACAAGGAUUCCCUCAGUCAGAGGAAGACAUGCUACGCUCAGCAUACCCAGGUCCGAGCCAUUAGGAAGAAGAUGUGCGAGAUCAUAACUCGUGAUGUGGCCGGCUCGGAGCUGAAGGAGGUGGUGAACAAACUCAUCCCCGACUCCAUCGCUAAGGACAUUGAGAAGGCCUGCCUCAGCAUCUACCCGCUGAGAGAUGUGUGCAUCAGGAAGGUGAAAGUCCUCAAACGUCCGAGGUUUGAGAUUGCCAAGCUGAUGGAGUUGCACGGAGAAGGUGGUGGCAAACGAGGAGAAGGUGGUGACAAGUCUGACCGACCUGAAGGAUACGAACCACCAGUACAGGAGAGCGUAUAA